AUGGGAAUAUAUAUAUCCGAUGAUGAACUCGAAUCCAAUUAUAAUGUUUUACCUAAUUGUAAAUUCAGUUUGUGCUAUCUCAGUUUAGCUCUUAGUUCACAUAAAUUCAUUGAGAGAGGAGGCGAAUUUGAAUCAAAAAGUUUUGAGUUUUUCAUCAAUUUAAGUAAAAAAAAUUUAUUAACAAAUAAGGAAGUGCAAAUAGGAAAUAUUUCAAUAUUACCUUUGAAUUACUGUUCACCAUUCGAAAGAAAUUAUUGUACUAUUUAUUUCAACUUUUUUUCAAUAGAUGAGCUAACAAAAUUUCUAGAGAAGAACAAAAUAAUCGCAACCCUAAACUUUAGCUUCGGCGUUGAUAGUUUUGAGGUAAUAUAUAAUGAAGUAAUCAAUUAUUUUAUUAAACCAGUUACAAGUAUUGAAAAAAGGUUAAUUUUAUCAAACAAAAAUAACGAUUUUAAAGUCAAUUUUAAAAUAAAUGUUGAAUGGUAUGCAAUCAUUCCUAAGAAAACUACCAAAAAUAUCAUUAAAAAUUUUGAAAAAAUUGAAAAAGAUACCUCGAUAACUUCAAGCUGUUCUCAUAUUCAAAAUAAAACUUUUAACAUUUCUAUUAGUAAACAUAUUAAUAUCUAUUUAAAAUAUGAACAAACAAUUUGCAAUGACCCAAUUAUAACACAAAAAAUAAUAGAUUUGCAUCCUAAAUUGGAAAAUUUAAGCAAUCAAGUAAUUUACAAACCAUCAGAUAUUAAAAGUGAUUUUUAUGCAACUAAUAUCCGGCCUUUAAACAAAAUGGGUAAUUGGAUUAUACAUAUUAAGGAUGUUUUGCUGUCUGAAAAGGGGUUUAUUUUUCUUCAUGAUAUGUUUCCAAUAUAUAGACAAUCAAAAAGUUUUAAGAUUGUUAUUCAACAUUGUAUAAAAAACGAAGAUGGCAAAGUUUUAACACAAAUUAGAAGGCACUGGACUAUCAUGAAUUUUUUCAAACGAAAAAGUAAUUAUACAAUGAAUUAUAGAAUUCCGAACAAGACCUACUACAUUGCAAAGGCUAGCGUUUAUUCAAGAAUACCUGAGACUAUUACUGAUACGAUACAAGAAAAAUUUUUUUACAUUAGUUGUUCAAUCCCUACUUUUGAUAAAACAAACGAGGCGAGAGUUGAUCAAGGAGACACCAUUUUUUGUGGUAUAUUGAAUCCGAAUGAGAUUUCACUAACCGAAACAUCGGUGGUCAAGCUUUAUUCAGAACUAAAUAAGAAAGACUGCCUAGGAUAUGCCUUAGUAUCUUUUUCGGAUAUAAAGGAAAAACCUCAUAUAAAGUUUCAUGAUAAAGAUAAUACAAUUCUUGAAACGAAUAAUAGUCUUUCAAAAAAGAAACAAAGUGUGACGAAUUAUUUGGAAGGAAUAAGUAUUGUUUAUUUAUAUAUAUACUGGCAUAUUCAAGCUCGCUCGAAAAAUGAAAAUAAAACACCCGAAAGUAUUUUAAUUGAGUUUUAUUCAAGAAUUUCAGACUCAAAAACAAUACAAGGAGGAAUAAACAUAAUCGGAAUAAAUAAAUGCAUUGAUGCAUUUAUUCCAUCUAAUAGUGAAAUAUCUCAAAAUUUGAAAAUUUACACAAGUUCCAUUCCUGAAGACCUUAUAUUAUUUAAUAACAUUCAGGAAUUGAAGUAUUACUUACAGUUUCCUCAUCUCGAAAUAUUCGAAAACUCUUAUAGUGAUAUUUUUUCGAAUAAAAAUUUGAAGGUUUUAGAAGAUUCCGAAUUUAUUUACAAGUGCAAUGAAUUGGGAAUAAGAGAAUGCAUUUCGAUCACUUGGAGAGAAAUGAUGAACUCCUUAUUCGCGAAUAUCUCCAUGGAAACUUAUGAAUUGUGUCUAAAAUUAUAUAAAACUGCGAAUAUAUUUCUUUAA